GCGGCGAUGGCGGCGAAUGGAAGAACGGAGAUGGAGGUCGGUGCCGACGGCGUGGCCGUCCUCACCAUCUGCAACUCACCGGUCAAUGCUCUCUCCGUCGAAGUCUUGCUGGGCUUCAGGAAAAGCUAUGAAGAAGCUCUUCGGAGAAAGGAUGUCAAAGCUAUUUAUUUUACAGGGAAUAGAGGGACAUUUUCUGGAGGAUUCGACAUUGCUUCAUUUUGUGCUAUUCAGAGUGGAAAAUUACAGCAGCCAAAGGUUGGUUACAUAUCGAUAGAGUUUUUCACUGAUUUUAUGGAAGGAGCAACAAAGCCUUCGGUAGCUGCAGUUGAUGGUCUUGCUCUUGGUGGAGGACUGGAGGUUGCCAUGGCAUGCCAUGCGCGCAUUUCAACCCCCAAUGCUCAAUUUGGUCUUCCGGAACUUCCGCUUGGAAUCAUUCCAUGUUUUGGAGGAACACAACGACUCCCACGUCUUGUUGGACUCACAAAGUCACUUGAAAUGAUUUUACUAUCCAAGCUCAUAAAGGGUGAAGAGGCACUCCAACUGGGUCUUAUUGAUUCCAUAGUUUCUCCUAAUGAUCUGGUGAAUGCUGCUCGUCGUUGUGCAUUGGAUAUCUGUGAACUUAAAAGGCCAUGGAACAGAAGCCUUUACAAGACCGACAAACUAGUACCCGUUGGCGAGGCUAGGGAGAUUCUUGGGUUUGCAAGGGCUCAAGCUAGAAAGCGGGCUCCCAAUCUGAAGCACCCACUUGUUUGUAUUGAUGUCAUUGAAGAAGGAAUAGUUUCAGGGCCUCGAGCUGGGCUCUGGAAGGAAGCAACUGCUUUCCAGAGCCUUCUUUUCUCGGAUACAUGCAGAAGCUUACUUCAUGUAUUCUUCUCUCAACGGGCAACAUCAAAGGUUCCUGGUACUACGAACUUGGGGUUGAUGCCUAGAAAAGUAGCGAGAGUCGCCAUUGUAGGUGGUGGACUUAUGGGUUCUGGAAUUGCAACCACAAUGAUACUAAGUAACUAUCCUGUGCUACUUAAAGAAGUAAGUGAGGAACUUCUUAAUGUUGGCAUUGACAGGAUAAAAGACAAUUUGCAAAGUCGUGUUAGAAAAGGGAAAAUGACCAAGGAGAGAUAUGAGAAGGCUCUCGCUCUUGUGACUGGUACCCUUGGUUAUGAAAAGUUCAAAGAUGUGGAUUUAGUUAUAGAGGCUGUUAUUGAGAAUAAGAAAAUGAAGCAACAAAUAUUCGUUGACUUGGAGAAGUAUUGCCCUUCCCAUUGCAUCCUUGCAACUAACACAUCCACAAUUGAUCUCAAUCUCAUCGGAGAGAAAACAAAGUCCCAAAACCAUAUUGUCGGUGCACACUUCUUUAGUCCAGCGCACACAAUACCACUUCUGGAAAUAAUUCGUACCCAGCAAACCUCAGCGCAAGUUAUUGUUGACUUGCUGGAUGUCGGGAAGAGAAUCAAGAAGACACCCAUAGUGGUCAGAAAUUGUAGCAGUUCCACGGUUAACAGGGUAUUCUUAAAUUACACUCAGUCAGCACUCUUGCUUGUUGAUUGUGGCAUGGAUGUCUAUAAGAUUGACCGUGCAUGUACAAACUUUGGAAUGUCGAUGGGCCCAUUCAGGGAUGCUGAUGGUGUUGGUUUUUGUGUUUUUGUGGCCACUAUGAAGCAGUACCUUGAGAACUUCCCAGAGAGGGCCUACAACUCUGUGCUAAUUCAUCUGAUGAUGGAGGACAACAGGGAAGGUGAAGCCACUGGCAAGGGGUUUUACAACUAUGAGGCCAAGAGGAAGGGAACUCCUGAUCCUGAAAUUAUGAAAUACAUUCAGAAAGCUAGGAGCAUGACAGGAGUCACACUAUACCCUGAGUUGAUGGACCUAAGCGAGAAGGAUUUAGUUGAGAUGGUGUUAUUCCCAGUGGUAAAUGAAGCAUGCCGUGUCCUUGAUGAGGGCAUUGCAGCCAAAGCUUCUGAUCUUGACAUCGCCUCAAUCUUCGGCACAGGAUUCCCACCUUAUAGGGGAGGCGUCAUGUUAUGGGGAGAUUCCAUGGGUGCAAAGUACAUCCACGACAAAUUAGAGGAGUGGGCGAAUCGCUACUGUGACUUUUUCAGGCCUUGCUCCUACCUUGCUGAAAGAGCAGCAAAAGGAAUUCAACUGAGUGCAGCAGCAGAUCAAGUCAAGGCUCGGCUAUAG